AUCACAGGCACACACCUCCCUCAGUGCCGCCUCAUCCACCCCUCCCCUCACUGCCACACCCUGCCAUUAUGUCUUCCCAGCGAUGCUUCCGCGCUGCCCUGACCACCGGUGGAGUCCUGAGGAACGUCUGCCGCCCUGCACUGCUCACAGCUUCGGCGAGGCCAGUUAACUGCAUCGCUCAGAAGAGAGGCGUGAGUCUUGCCGCUGCAGCUUACCAGCAGGCCGCCGCCCGCCAACACGAGACUCCAGCUUGUACCGUUGCAUCUGCAGUUGUUCGGAAGGACAUUCUGACGGUGAAGUUUGGAGACGGCACUGAGGGUCAGUUACCCUUCGUAUGGCUGCGGGACAACUGCCAGUGUCCUCAGUGCUUCAGCGUCGAGGCCCUGGGCAGGAAGCUCCUCAUGGACGACCUUGACAUUGAUGUUCAUCCGACCAAAGUUCAGGAAAGCGAGAAUGGACUGACGGUGGAGUGGAGUGAUGGCCACAUAGGCGAGUAUCCCUCCCAGUGGCUCAAAGACAGAGCCUUCACGCCCACCUCCCGCGCCAUGCACAAGAUGAGAUACGCGGUUCGAAAGGAAGCGUGGGGCGCCGAACACACCAUGAAGGAGUACGACUAUAGAAUACUGAUGGCUGACGACCGUGAGCUGCUGGACUGGCUGCUUACCAUGGAGCGCAAAGGAUCAGCCAUGGUGAGGAAUACACCGGAGAAAGAUAUAGCAGGACCGGAGCUCAUCGAGCACAUUGCCUACGUCAAGCAGUCCCACUACGGGCCACACUCGCCCGUCAUCAACCGUCCCAACACCAACAACGUGGCCUUCACCAACGCCAAGCUGGGCAUGCACAACGACCUGCCGCAGUACGAACACAUGCCCGGGAUCAUCUUCAUCCAAUGCGUGGCGCAGCACCCCGGCGCCGGCGGGGAGAGCAUCGUCACUGACGGACUGUUUGCCGCCGAGGAGCUGCGCAGGAACCACCCAGAGGACUUCAAGAUCCUCUCCUCCACCGACAUGUACUUCUGGGACAAGGGGCACGCCAACUACAGCUGGGAGAUGCCCGAGUUUUACAAGAUUGCAAAGUUCCCGGUCAUCAGAGUUAACGGCAACAACGAGGUGGUGCAGAUCGCCGUUAACAACGCCAUUCGCGACUCCCACAUGGACCUUCCCCCACAGGAGGUCAAGAAAUACUACGCUGCCUACAAGCGCUUCCACAACAUACUGUACGCCAACGCCAUGACCUUCAAGAUGGAGCAGGGUGACAUGAUGACCCUGGACAACGUGCGGUGCCUGCACGGCCGUGAGGGCUACGAAGCCAACAGUGAGCGCCACAUCGAGUCCUCCUACCUCGACUGGGACGAGGCUCGCUGCCGCCGACGCCGCCUUCAGGAGAAGUUUGGGUGCUGAAUAUGAAGGUUUCAAAUUUUGUAGCUGUUUGUUCCAGUAGAUGUUGUGCAGUAGAACAUGUGUUUUGAGUGUCAAGAGGGAUGGGAUCAGUAUCACGGGAAGAGGUGUAACGACUUGGGAUGGUUGUUAAUACAGUAUUCAUGGUGCAGGAGAGGGAGCCAUCAACUGUGCAGUAAUUAGCUAGAUGACCCAGUGUGUGAAUCGUAUGUUAUCAACUUCUUUUUCCUUUCCUUUAUAUAACUAUCAAAUCAUAGAUUUGUUGAGGUACAUCUUCCACAUCACUCUAUUUAUGCAUACAUUGUGCUGUUUUUUCUCGCUGAAGAUAACGAGCCAGUGCAUUGCAGCGGCUGCCUCUAGCAUCAUCAUUUCUGAAGGUCACAUAUAACUUGCCUAUAUGUAUGUGUGUGUGUGUGUGUGUGUGUGUGUGUGUGUGUGUGUGUGUGUGUGUGUGUGUGAGA